AUGAGUAAAUUAGCAAUUUCCAAUAAGUUAAGUAUAUUAAAUCAAAUUGAUUCUGGUGUUUGUGGUAAACAAUUGGCCUCAGAAUAUUGUGUUAGUCCGUCAACAAUUUCCAAGAUAAAGAGAAAUGGUUCAAAAUAUCGAUCUCUUAAUGACAACUACAAGAAACACUUUCGUUUACCUAACGAAAGCACAUCAUCAAUGGACAAACAAAUAAGUGACUUUGUUUCUAUGGCAAAUAUUAAAGGAUUUCCAAUAAAUCACCGAAUAAUUAAAGCCAAAGCAAAGUCAAUUGCAAGGAAAGAAGGUAUCGAGUUUAAAGCGAGUAACACUUGGUUUGCAAAGAUGAAAAAAAGAGUUGACUUGACUUACUACAAAGCAAGAGGUAAAGCUAUUAAUAAAUCAGCUGAUUCCGAACAAAUUAACAAUUGGUUUGAAAAAGAAUUACCUGAAAUCAUCAACGCUCACCCUGAAUAUACAAUAUACAAUGCCCAUGAAAUUGAUCUUCAAUUCAAAUCGGUUGAUCAAAAAUCUUAUCAUGUUAAAGGUGCAAAUAAAAAUGGUGUUAAAGUGGCAGUUAGAGAUCGAGUUACGAUUCUAUUAUGUGUUGGAAUCAAUGGUGAAAAAAAAGAUCCACUUGUUAUCGGUAAAAGUGCCAAACCUCAUUCACUGGCUACAAUACUUUAUGAUACAAAAAGAUUCAAUAUCGAUUAUAAAUCAAGUAGAAACGCUUCUAUUACAACCGAUUUGUUUGAUCAAUGGUUAAGUGACUGGAAUUCAGAGUUAAUCUCACAGAACAAAAAAGUUUUACUCUUCAUUGACAAUUGUAAAGCUCAUCAUGUUCCCGAUCAAACUAAAUAUUGUAAUUUAAAGAUAAUAUUUUUACCUGUCAACACAAAGAGUAACUGUCAACCUUUAGAUGCUGGGAUAAUCAAUUCAUUCAAACAACACUAUUUUGGUCAUCUUAAUUGCUUUCUAGCAAAACUAAUUCCUACAGAGGAAAAAGUUGAUGAUUUAACUAAAGCAAUUACACUGAAAGAAGCACUUGAAUGGAUCCAACAAGCUUGGGAGAAGGUCAAACAAUUAACAAUAAUCAAUUGUUUCUCUAAAUGUCAUUUUUUUCCAAGUAAUUAA